AGAUAUGGAAAGUAAGAAGAGAACCGAAUGGAGAUACGCAUGGCUCUGCCGUGGACUGUUAAGUAUGUUAACGGCCUGGGUACUGGUGUUAGAGGUUAAAAUCAAAUUGUGGAUAGCUCCGUCGAGGCAGGAGACCUCUAACCUGAAGAACGCGCAAGCAGCAGGGGUACCGAGUUCGGGGCCUGCAGAAGUAGCUCAGGAAAUACAGGAAUUAGAAGAUAAACUCUGGGAGAAGAUAAAUUGUGCAAAAAGAAUUAAGGACCGAUUGAUUUCCCAGUUUAUGCAGUUGGACGCUGAUAUACAAGCAAACGACAAAAUCAUAAGCGAACUUAUGAAAAAGUUGAAUGCCCUGAAACAUGAGGAAGCAGAAGAUGGUGUUGGGAAUAUCUCCACCAGGGCAGACGGAGUAGAUACAGCACAGUUCAAUGUACUCCGAAUCCUAGGAGUCGGCGGGUUUGGAACCGUAUUCCUGGUUCGGAAGAAGGGCGGAGCUGAUGCCGGCCGACUAUACGCCAUGAAGGUGUUAGAAAAAUCUUCAAUUAUUCGAAAUGACACCCCUACACACGCACUGACGGAGCGUCUGGUGUUGGAAGCGGUACGCAACCUUCCUUUCCUCGCCACCAUUCACUACGCUUUCCAGACUGACACCAAAUUAUACCUUGUUCUAGAUUACGCGCGUGGCGGGAAUCUACGGACCAAAUCUUAUGAACGAAGUUUUACAGAAGAUGAAGCAAGAAUUUACAUCAGUGAGACAAUUCUGGCGCUGGAAUAUCUCCACAAGCGGGGCAUCAUGCACCGCGACGUUAAGCUGGAGAACAUUUUGCUUGACUCAGAUGGACACGCAGUCCUCUCAGACUUCGGUGUCAGCAAGAUGUUCCUUCCAUGUGAGCAGCAUCAAGCACAUUCAUACUGUGGUACAUUGGGCUACAUGGCCCCAGAACUGAUUGAAAGCAGUGACGCGGGCUAUGACAUGGCAGUGGACUGGUGGAGUCUUGGCAUCGUUACACAUGAACUCCUCACAGGGGGGGAGUCACCAUUUGAAACUCGAAGUGUAUCACAGACAAGGAAGGAAAUAAUUCACCGAAUAAUUGAGGACGAACCCUGUAUCCAAAAUGACUUAUCCGUUCAUGCGAAAGAUUUCAUCUCUAAAUUAUUAGUCAAGGAUCCACGAAAGCGUUUAGGUGGAGGAGAAGACGGUGCUGAGGAACUCAAAAGACAUCCAUUCUUAAAUGGAAUGAACUGGUCUGAUCUGGAACAGAAGAAAAUAUCGGCACCAUUUGCACCCCAAGAAACAAACGAGUCACAAGGCAGCAACUCUGUUGAGGAAUCCAGCCCCAUAAGUUUUGCUGGCUCACCUAUCUUUAGUGCAGCCACCCAGACGACUCUUACAAACUUACCUGAUAGCCAAUUUCCAAACUGUGACGAUAUAUUCUGGGGAUAUUCAUAUGUAUCACCAUCAGUCCAUUGUAGUUAAUAUGAAGCGAGUGAUGAAGGGCUGCCCAAACUCAGCUGAUCUUAUAACUUGUAGGAUAGAGUCCCUGAAUAAGGAACUGAGUGAGGCAAAACGUGUACAGGUGAGAUCCAUCAUGGAGAAAUGAAGAUUGGAAUCAGACUUGAGAGGUGCCAUAGAAAAGAUGGAGUUCCUGGAAGCAGAAUUCACCAAGACCAACUGGGUAUGAAAGAGAUACAAUAGUGAGGAACGGACGAUGAAAUGCCUGAGAAGUGCCAUAAAAACAACCACGUCACUGGAAGCGGAAUUUGCUGAGACAAACAGUGCGCGGCAGAGAUGUAUUAGGAAGAUAAGGAGGCUGAGAACAGACAUAAGAAGUGCUACAUAGAGACUGACGUUCCUAAAAGCGGAAUUGCGAUAUGAGGCUGUCCACCUUCCUCAUGCCUACAGGGCAUCAGCUAAAGAUUUUGUAGUUGAGUUGUAUGUGGUGAAUAGAUCCAAUUACCAAAUGAAACCUCGGCUAUAGUCACCCCAUAAAAGCGUGACAA